AUGGAUAACGAAAAUCUUAUAAAUCCGAAUGAAAAUGAAAUCAACGACGCCAAUACAUUAGAAGAGGAAGUGAUAACAUCAUUUACCGACUUACAAAAAGCACGAUGUCAUUGGAUACAACUUGCUAAAUUUGACUUGCAACUUGAAAUAAUCCAGUUAACAAUUGUUCAUGUGAUCGAAAAAUUCGAAUCGAUGCGACUACUUUGGAGUUUUGGAAGAAAUUACGAAAAGGAAAAGCUUUAUAAUGAUCAAAGAUUUCACUAUUUCCAAGCAGCACUGAAAACGAUCAUGGAAUCUGUGGAUGAGCCACGUGAUAUGUGCAAAUUCAUUCGUAACAUCGGAGCUCGACAUUUUUUCUACAACGUAAUAUGUAAGUCGAUGAUGACAGCUUUAUGUAAUGUAGCCAAAGAUAGCAUGGAUGAGAAACAAUUCUUCGAGGAAAUUCAAAGACAUUUCAAUGAUGGACUUGCAACUCAACGACAAAAUUACCUUCGAAAAUGCAUAUCAAAAAGUGAAAUGGAGACUCUAACAACCAUUUGGCGACAAAUUCAAACGAAAUAUAUGGAAGAGGAUGGAAAUAUCGCAAAGUGUAACACGCUGAUGUAUAAAGCACUCCAAUAUUACUGUCAGAAAAUACCCAAAACAAAGAAGCAUAUACACAAAUUGAAAGAAAUUGCCGAUCAGACCAUUCAUGCAGUGGAUAAAAUAAUAGCCACAUACGAUAGGAAAAGUGGACUAGCAGAGCUAAUUGACACAUUGGACUCUUACUGUUACCUAUGCUGUACUCUAAGUGAAAGUCCACGAACCCUCUGGCUGGCUUUCAAUGAAGGUUUUGCAAAUAUCAUCACCAUCAAACUAGAUGAAAACGAUAUUUGGAUAAAACAAAUAUGGUGCAAGGUUGCUCGCAUCUUAGAACAGGUUAUCAAAGAGUUUAUUGUAUCGAAUUUGUGCAAGCAGCAGCAGUUAGAAUGGAAUGAAAUUUGA